CGGAUUAUAGUGUUUCCUGAAUUAUCAACACUAAAGAAUCAACUUUUAAUUACCGUAGUUUAUACUUAUCGUAUUGUACAGUUUUUUCAUUAUUACUAUCAAUAUUCAAUAUUACUAUCAUUAACGAGAACGUAUACAAAGAUCAGAAGAGAGUAGCGAAAGUACAAAGUUUGUGAAGAGAUUUGAAAAUAUUGGAGCGUUUAUUAGUUUAAUUUUUAUCGUUGUUUUAAUAUUGAUUAAACCGAUUGUGAAUACGUGUCUCUUCGAUACUGUGAUGUUUAAGAAAAGUUAGUUAUAUUCUUGUCGCAUAUUUAACAUAUUUUAGAUUCGAAAUUUCAAUCGUCUCGUAUAUAUACAAAUGAACAUAAAUUUUCGGUGUAGAAAAAACGAAAUUACCGUUGAUCUUGUUAACUGAUCAUCAGUCAUGAUUAAAGCUAUUCUAGUAUUCAAUAAUCAUGGGAAACCUCGACUUUCGAAAUUUUAUCAAUAUUUUGAACUGUUUUUCAGAACGAGGAUAUGCAACAGCAGAUAAUAAAAGAAACAUUUCAACUAGUUUCAAAAAGAGAUGAUAAUGUCUGUAAUUUUUUGGAAGGUGGAAGUUUAAUAGGUGGAUCCGAUUACAAGUUGAUUUAUCGGCAUUAUGCAACAUUAUACUUUGUAUUUUGUGUUGAUAGUUCAGAAUCAGAGUUGGGAAUUUUAGACUUAAUACAAGUCUUUGUUGAAACAUUGGAUAAAUGUUUUGAAAAUGUUUGUGAAUUGGAUCUCAUCUUCCAUGUAGACAAAGUUCAUUACAUACUUAAUGAAUUAGUGAUGGGUGGAAUGGUUUUAGAAACUAAUAUGACUGAGAUACUAACAAGAAUUGAAGAUCAAAAUAAAUUGGAAAAACAAGAGGCAGGAAUCACAGCAGCACCAGCGCGUGCUGUUUCUGCUGUCAAGAAUAUGAAUAUACCGCAACAGAUAAAGGAUAUGAAGUUACCUGACUUGCCGCAAGCUAUAAAAGAUCUCAAAUUCUGACCAGCCGUUACUUCGUUGGCCCCAAGCUGACUGGUUUCCUCUACAAUUUCAAGUGCAAGUCCUACAGCAAGGGUUUUUUUCCCCUCUCUUCAAGUGAAUGAGAAUGUACCAAUACUCUCUGCAAACUCUUCGUAUGGUCCCAUCUCAUCAGUACAAGAAUUAGAAAGUGAAGAGUGUUUUAAGCUUUAAGGCUUGUAGAGAUCAUUUCUAUAUUGAAGAGGAUUUUGAUUAUCAAAUUUAAUGAAUGUUUAUAUCUGGCUUCGAAAAAGCAAGGGUUUGAAGUAACUGAAAUACUAUUUUCAUUCAAAAAAGGUAAAGAUUUAUAAACUUAAAUGUACUGAUACUACAUUUUACAGAAGUUACAUCAUUCUUAUAUAAUACUAAAAAAAAGUAUAUUUCCAUUAUAGUAUAACUCAUAAUUCCAUUUUGUUUGAUAUAUCCGAAGCAGUAUAGUUAGUAUUAUCUCAUUUGUGAACAUUUCCAUUUAGUUAUCAUCAAAGAUGUUGGAUAUUGUUGUUAUAUGUAUCAAACAAUUACCAAAUAAAUGUUCUAAUACUGCA